CCUGUCCGCUUUCAUUCAAGUGGUGCCCAAAUACUACUCCACUGUCAAGCCGUUACGUAUGGAUUGUCGAAUGUUGGGUUAACGAUGUCGAAAAUGGGAGGGUUCCGCCAACCAGAGCGAAGUUAUUUCCGUGUAUUUAUUCCGGAGUUCCCCAUCGUUGGCACCUAAAGUUUGCAGGCUAAACAUCUACCUAAUCUUAAUGUUGCCAUUGAGACAGCUCAUCGGUGUGACUAAACCUAGCCCACCAACCGGCCUCCCAGCACAUACCCGAAUGAUCCGUUCGUCCGCUACUUGGAUGGACUUCCAUUUUGAUACACACCACUUUGUGCAACGUCUGGAGCGUGAAGGAUUCACCCGGGCACAAUCCGAAGGCAUCAUGGCAGCCAUGGCGGACGUGGUUGAUGAGAGUAUACGCAACCUUUCUCAGAAUAUGGUCACAAAAGCUCAACAGGAGAAGUUUCACUAUAGUCAGAAGGUAGAUUUUGCCCAACUUAAGUCGGAAAUUCAGCUGGUGGAAAAGAACGACCUUUCCCUUAUGAAAACCGAAAAUGACCGGUUAAUGGCAGAAGUUGACAAAUUGAAACAACGGCUUAGAGAAGAGAUUUCUCGCACUCAGGGUCGUAUACGAGACGAGUCCAGUCUUCAAGAACUGAAAAUACGUGAGGUUGACACACGCAUCGAAAGUGAAAUUGCUGGACUUCGUACUGCAAUUGAGACAGCUAAGCAAAAUACUCUUCAGUACUUGGUCACAGUUGGAAUUCCGACCCAGUCUCAGGCCUCCAAAGCAACUGGCUGUGCAGCUCUACUAAUGGCAUAUCUUCGAUUCCGGGUUUGAUCAUUAUGGCUACCAGCUAGGCCGUAUGAUAAUGGACGGGCGAGUAGUGAAUGAGAAAAAUACUUGAAUUA